GUCCAAAUUGACGUGAUGCUGCAGUCCCAACCCUACCUCUUUCCCGACUUCAUAUCUCAAGUAUCAAGCAUCCCGCCUUCUUACACUUGCCUGAACCCAUCUUUGCCGCCUCUGCUCUCAUGGAAUCUGAAAAAACAAAGAGCUCGACUGCCUCUGCAGCUGGCGACCAUGGUGCACUCCCAGCGUCGCCCUCAGAGGCAGACGGUAUUCAGUCUCCGGCCGUCGAUAUCCUUCCCGCUGGGGAUUUGCCUUCACUUACCCCUCCGCUUGACGAUGGCGAGGCUUUACUAUCUGAUUCAGAAGGUUUUCCUUCUCCGGAAUGGUACCUCUCUCCUUCUGACACCGACGAUACUGAUCCGACUUGGAAAUGGAGGAAACGUUAUGAGGGAUUGAUUGAACCCGACAGUGACGACGGCUUUGACGACCUCGAGAGCCGGUGGAUUGCGGUUACUUCCAAAAGGGCAGCGACGCCAACCCCUGUGGCUACGGCGGACGAGGAUGAAGGAUUGCCAUAGGGGAGUUCUUACUGCCUAAUUUCAUUUCUUUGUUGUCCAAUAAUUGCAUGUUUGUUUUAGGUUCUACUGUAGGAACUUUGUGAUGCUUAUGUCGCCUGAUUUCGGUCGUGUACUGUAUGUGCUAUUUGAAUUGUUUGCUGCUGAUUUGUACUCAGUUCAGUCAUGUAAUGUCUGUGAUUAAUAAACCUUGUGAUGUUUCUCUGAGGUAUAUUGGCCUUAGUAAAGCAGUGCACUAUCUGUGUUGAAAAAAACAGUGUUAUGACUAUUUUCUGAGGUUGUGUAGCAUUAGUUUUCUCAUGUGUAGCCUGUGAUGAAUCUGGUCUGAGGCAUAAUUUCAAACCGUGCAAUGGUAUGUUGAUGGUGGUAAACACUUUGAUCGGUUUGGAUGUGUAUUAAGUGUGAGUGAACUGAUGUCCAGCCUGUGAAGAAUUCAUUUCACCCCCAUGAUUAAUUUGUGCACUUUGUCACUCAUUUUUAGCCUGAUUAAUGUAGUGCACUGUAUGUGAUGAUAAAAAGUGGUGAUGACUAUUUUCUGAGGUUGUGUAGCAUUAGUUUUCUCAUGUGUUGCCUGUGAUGAAUCUGGUCUGAGGCAUAAUUUCAAACCGUGCAGUGGUAUGUUUACGUUGGUAAACACUUUGAUUGGUUUGGAUGUAUAUUAAGUGUGAGUGAACUGAUGAAAAAGCCUGUGAAGAAUUCAUUUCAUCACCAUGACUAAUUUGUGCACUUUGUGACUCAUUUUUAGCCUGAUUAAAGUAGUGCACUGUAUGUGAUGAUAAUUAAGACUUAGUAAUCUGAUUAAAGUAGCCUGAUUAAAGUAGUGCACUGUGUGUGAGUAAACUGAUGUCCAGCUUACGUAAACACUUUUAAUUGUUAUGAUGCUUAUUAAGACUGAGUAAACUGAUGUCCCGUCUCUGAUUAAUGAAGUUCAUCCAUAUGUGUCAUUUGUGAACAUUGUGAAGCUUAUUUAGCUUGAUUAUACCAGUGCACUGUCUAUGAUGAUAAAAUGUUGUGAUUACUGUGUUAAGAGAUUUCGUG